CACCAAACAAGCUGAUGUUGUACAUUCUUAAAUCAGAGUUUUUUGAAACGGUUACAAAAUGCUACAAAGUCAACGAGUUGACGGCCUUCUGCCUGCCUGAAAGAUGGACGCCACAUGCACCGUGGAAAGGUGGGAGGCGUGCGCGCUGCAAGCGGGUGAAAGGUUGGAGGUUGCGGCUGAUCAGCUGAUUUCAAGAGGUGGGAGUUGCUGCAAACAAUGUAACAGACUGGGUGCUUCCAGAAACACCGAGCACUGGCUGACUGAAGUCCGCACCGUCUGCAUUAGCGCGGUCCAUCCUCGCCGGUCCUUCCACAAACCUCCCCGGGGCUCUCAGCCUUCAGCCAUUCUAUUUGGAUCCCCCUCAUCGCCUCCCCCCAAGUUAGAAGGUGACUCUCGGCGUCUUGUUUUCCCCAGUAAUGCGAAGGAGGGCAGAUUCCCUGACAGUAGAACAUGACAGGACCGUUACGACUCUGCAGAAGGACCCCACACUAUCUGCUUCGAGACUGAAGCACAGCCACAAGGCAGCGAGCAGCAGAAAGGAGAACGACCUCGGCACAGACACCAAGACAGAAAUGAGAAUUGGCAGUCGGAGACGUUCUCGGCUGUUGAACAGAAUCAAGAGAGUAGCUUUGUGGAUCUUAGCAGUAUAUAUUUGCAUUCCUUUUGUAAUAAAGCUAUGCCCAGCCAUUCAAGCUAAGCUAGUCUUCUUAAAUUUUGUGCGGGUACCGUACUUCAUUGAUUUGAAAAGCCCACAAGACCAAGGGUUGAACCACACGUGGAAUUUUUAUCUUCAGCCUGAGGAGACAAUUACUAUUGGUGCUUGGCACACGGUACCUGCUAUUCUGUGGAAGGAAGCUCAGGGUAAAGGCCAGUUGUGGUAUGAAGAAACCUUGGCAUCGGGUUUUCCUAUCAUUCUUUACUUCCAUGGCAAUGCAGGCACCAGAGGUGGGGAUCACCGGGUGCAACUAUACAAGGUCCUCAGCUCACUAGGCUACCAUGUGGUUGCACUGGAUUAUAGGGGAUGGGGAGACUCUGAAGGAGCCCCUUCCGAGAGGGGGAUGACCACAGAUGCAAUCUACAUCUACAGUUGGCUGAAAGAGAGGUGUGGGAAGAACUCCAUCUACAUCUGGGGCCACUCGCUGGGCACGGGUGUUGCCACCAAUGUUGUACGGCAGCUGUGCGAAAAAGAUACCCCUCCAGGUGCCUUAAUGCUGGAAUCUCCUUUCACUAACAUUCGGGAGGAAGCCAAAAGCCACCCUUUUUCACUGAUCUACAGGUAUCUCCCCGGAUUUGACUGGUUCUUCCUUGAUCCGAUCACUGAGAGUGGCAUUAUAUUUCCCAACGAUGAAAAUGUGCAGCACAUCACCUGCCCGUUGCUGAUUCUCCACGCAGAAGACGAUGCUGUCAUCCCCUUCCACCUUGGCAGAAAGCUUUAUGACAUUGCUGCAUCUUCUCGGAGUUCCAGGAAAGUGCGGUUUAUCCCCUUCCACAAAGACCUUGGCUACCGGCACAAGUAUAUAUACAAGAGCCCUGAACUCUCGCAGAUAUUGAGAGAGUUCUUGGGUGACCCAAUCUCUCACCAUUAAUGAAGAGGUAUAUCUUCAGAGCUGCAUGAAGACUUCACUCCAUGUUAAUGUUGAUUUACAUUCCACUAACCAGUUUUGUUUGAAGACAACGUGAAAAUCAUGGUCUUAGGGAAUUAUUUUUGUCACAGAGAAAGCUCGGAGAAGCAAAAGAGUAAAGUGAAGGACAUUAAUUAUUACUGUUUUGUUUUUCUGAAGAAUUGAAGGAACUUAUUUUCUUGACCACAAUGAUGGAAUUCAUAAAGAUUACGUUUUCUAAAGUGCAAAAAUAAGUUAAGGAUGAUCAGGGUAAUUUCAAAUUAUGAUUCUCAAUCAACGUGCUCCAUUUGUUGCUUCCAAAUUGUGGUUGAUCUAACAACUUUUACUUUUGAGAGUGCUAACAUAUUAAUGUAUUUCACAAUGAUGUUGUAUCAAUCGAUGGACGUUCCUUCAUGGUUCUUUAGUGUUGUGAGAAAGGUUUUUUUUUUGAUGAAAUAUCGUCAUAUGAUGCUAACAACUUUUCAGAAUCUUGAUUUGGAAGUUUGUACCUUUAGGCUAAAUUCAGGUGAGCGUGUCUCAGUCCACUAUCUAGAUGUAUUGAAUUAAGUAAUUGUCUACAAAUUAAAUGUAAUGGUGUGACAUAAUCUAUCCUGUGAGCAACCCCUCCCCAGUUUCUGGCAAUUCUGCUGCACAGAGUGGGACGUUACAGCAACCUGGGGUAAGAUGUGGGGAGCUCGAUCCAUUGCUGGUUUGUUGACUGUCCACACCUGACCUUGAGAACGGCAAUGCUUUUAUUCGGUGAAGACCAAGCUGUCCGGGACCUCCUGGUUGUGAGUUCAGAAUCCUUCCAAUGUUUCCUUCAGGUAACUAUUCCGAAUUAAUUAAAACAUUCACACCCAAUUGUGGAUUUUACAAAACUGUCCGCUGUCCAAAUGAAUUGUUUUUGUGAAAACUCCCAGUGUCGCCGCAAUGGAUCUUGCUGUGAUCUACAGAACAAAUCGAAGCGAUUACAGAUAACUUACCCAGUGUAUUAUUUGUAUUGUGGACUAUUAUCACAGUGUUUCUGAUGCACUUCUCAUUCCUUGAACAACUCUGUAAUUACCUGUAUGAGAUGUGUUGACUAACUGGGUGACUUCCAGAGAACAAUGUAACAUUCCUUUGAUCUUAAAUUCAGUUUAUGUAUUUCAAUUUAGGACAGAAUAUGUACGAAACAAAAUGUAUCCACCAGUGUAAAUAGUAGUGCAGGCUUCAUUGUUGAAAAGAAUUCCAAUUAAUCCACUUCACUAUUACAAUGAAGAUUUAAAUUUAAAUAUCAAUUAGAAAAAGCUUAGUUUACACUCCGUAAAGGAACAGAUCCCUUGUAUGGAGCAUAGAAUUUAUUUAUUUAAGCAUUUACAUAUUUGUCUAAUACACUUGACUCAAUAAAGUUACAACUUUCAAAUGCUGGAAAGGAGAAAUCAAAAUAUAAACCAGUGUGGUAGACUAGCUGAUGAGAGUGGGGAAAAGAUGGGUUAAUGCUUCAUAUCUGUAAUUCCCAAUGAAGCAGGAAUCCGCCUUUACUUUAUCACAGUUGACGAUUUGGGCAACUGUUGCAGUGAAAAUCUCAAUGAUCAGUUUCAGCAGCAGAGUCAAGAUUUUCCUGUUCCACAUAGAUAAAGACCACACACCUUGUUGUCUUGAGAAGAAUGUUUAAUAAAUUCCUUUGGCUAGGGAAAGAUUGUAUAGAAUUUUACAGCACAGAAAUAGGCCUUUUGCCGGGUAGUUUAUGCUGAUACUAUAUGCUCCACACAACAACCCCAUCUCUACCUUACUUAAUCUCAUCCCAUCAACAUUGUCCCUUUCUACCUCAUGUGCUGCUGGCUUCCCUCUAAUGGUCUGAUGCUACCCAGCCAAUGCUCUUGGGCAAAUCUCUCUUUGGAAAGAUAGACACAAAGUGUUGGCAGUAACUCAGCGGGUCAGGCAGCAAAAAGGGUCCUGACCCAAAACCUCACCCAUCUUUUUUUCUCCAACGAUGCUGCCUGACCCGUUGAGUUACUCCAGCACUUUCUGUCUAUCUUUAAAUAAAUCAGCAUCUGCAGUUCCUAGUUUCUACAUUCUCCCUUUGGAAAUGUAUCUUCGCUGCUUAAUAUUAAACAAUACCUACUGAAAUGGACAUUAUUAGUUUUGUCAUGGGAAAUAAUAGAAACCAAGUCAUUAUUCACUGAGUUUAAUGUGCCAGAGUGAAUUUUCAGCUGAAACCUCCAAUGGCUCACAGACUGUGAUACCGAUCACUUUGGCUGUGCAGAAAAUCAGACAAAAUAAGUGAUGUCAAGUUAGAGUGAAGGAAUAGAGUCACGCGGCACGGAAACAGGCCCUGCGGCCCAACUUGUCCGCAGAUGCCCCAUCUACUCUAGCCACACCUGGCCCAUAUCCCUCUAAAUCUUUUCUAUUCAUGUACAGUGCCCUCCAUAAUGUUUGGGACAAAGACCCAUCAUUUAUUUAUUUGCCUCUGUAUGCCACAAUUUGAGAUUUGAAAUAGAAAAAAAUCACAUGUGGUUAGAGUGCACAUUGUCAGAUUUUAAUAUAGAACAUGUUUAUACAUUUUGGUUUCACCAUGUAGAAAUUACAACAGUAUUUAUACAUAGCCCCCCCAUUUCAGGGUGCCAUAAUGUUUGGGACACAGCAAUGUCAUGUAAAUGAACCUAGUUAUGUUUAGUAUUUUGUUGCAUAUCCUUUGCAUGCAAUGACUGCUUGAAGUCUGCGAUUCAUGGACAUCACCAGUUGCUGGGUGUCUUCUCUGGUGAUGCUCUGCCAGGCCUGUAUUGCAGCCAUCUUUAGCUUGUUUUGGGGGUUAGUCCUCUUCAGUUUUCUCUUCAUCAUAUAAAAGGCAUGCUCAAUUGGGUUCAGAUCGGGUGAUUGACGUCCACUUAAGAAUUGACCAUUUUUUAGCUUUGAAAAUUUCCUUUUUUGCUUUAGCAGUAUGUUUGGAAUCAUUGUCGUGCUGUAGAAUGAACUGCCAGCCAAUGAGUUUUGAUGCAUUUGUUUGAAGGCCUUUUUCUCCAGGAGAGGGCCCACCCCUGUUUUCAGCUCCUGAAACAGCCCAGGGGGGAGCCUUGUGAGGUUUCUGAAGGCAGCCUCAUCUUCUUGCUGGAGCUCAGUCAUCAGGUUGUCAUACUGGCCCAACCUGGUCUCUUCAGGGACCAGGGCUUCAACCACACAGACCUCUUCUUGGGAUUCUUCUUCCCCAUUCUUCUUGUCCUUCUGUCUUGCUGAUGUUUAAGAAUGAGGGCUGCUGCAAGCAACAGGGCUUCUUUUUGUGAGAGCUAUGCCCUCUGAUGUUGCUCCAUGGUUGUCGUGAUGCAAAAUGAUUGGAAACCCUACCCUGCAGCCCCUUUUUAUAGAAAAACCGGGUGAUUCCAUUGUUUUGGAGGCCAACAUGACGUGAAUUGUCUUCAGUAGUCGCCGACAGGGACGUAGGUUGACUUUGGUUAUCGUAUGUUGUCGUAGGUGUGGACGUAGGUUGACUUCCUAAGUCACGACGAUUGGGUCGCCGGUUGUUAGUAAGUUGUCGUAGCUUGACAUCGACUAGGUGGUAGGUUGUUGUAGCUUGUCGUAGACAUUGUCAUAGACAUUGUAGGGGGGGUCCAGUCGCUGUUUUUUGGCGACCUGCUAUGACUAUGACAGUUGCCGGCAGUCGCCUAACAAAUCGCCCAAGUGGGCCAGGACCUUAAGGUUUGGCUUAUGUCUCUAACAGUUUUAUUCUUGUUUCUCUGUCUCAUAAUGGGUUCUUUGACUUUCAUUGGCACAACUUUGGUGCUCAUGUUGACAAACAGCAAUAAAAGUUUCCAAAAGUGAUGGAAAGACUGGAGGAAAGGCAAGGUGCUGAGAGCUCUCUUAUACCUGCAUUAAGGAGACAAUUAAACACACCUGAGCAAUUACAAAUGCCUGUGAAACCAUGUGUCCCAAACAUUGUGGUGCCCUGAAAUGGGGGGACCAUGUAUAAACACAGCUGUAAUUUGUACAUGGUGAAACCAAAAUGUAUAAAAAUACCUUUUAAUAAAAUCUGACAAAACUUUAACCACAUGUGAUUUUUUUUCAAUUACAAAUCGCAAAUAGUGGAGUACAGAGGCAAAUAAAUAAAUGAUGGGUCUUUGUCCCAAACAUUAUGGAGGACACUGUCCCUGUCCACAUGUCUUUUAAAUGUUGUUAUAGUACCUGCCUCAACCAUUUCCUCUGGCAGCUAGUUCCAUAUACCCACCAUAUACCCACCACUGUAAAAGUUGCCCCUCAGGUUCUUAUUAAAUCUUUCCUCUCUCACCUUAAACCCAUGUCCUCUGGUUCUUAAUUCCCUUACUCUGGGUAAAAAACUAUGUAUUCACCCAAUUUGUUCCUCUCAUGUUUUCUAAGAUCAUCCCUCAGCCUCCUCAAUCUCUGAGCAGCAGGAUGGAGAUUCAGCGGUAACUUUAAACAUUUUUAAGUGAAUUGCUUCAUCUAAGAGCUGUAGUCGUGUGAAUAUGUCUGUUCUGAAGAAGGGGAAUGCAUUUUGUGAUCUCUAAACCAAGGAGGGACGAAUAUUUGAGGUGCCUGCUGUUUUGGAAUUAGUCCAUCAGUCCCGAGGUGAAGGCACAUCUCUCCCUGAUUCAGACAUGCCAUCAAAUGGAGGUCAAUUAUAACUAAUGGGGCAAUAAUAAUUGUGUAGUCAAUAACCAGACUGUAUUAGCGGUUAGGUUGAGUUAUAAACUCGUAGAUAAUUCAUAAAGGGCAACUUAGAUUGUAAAGAGGAGUUAUUGGAAAGGUGAUUCUGUUAGAAAUGCAUCUUUCAAUAAUAUCCGGAAUCCUUUGUUCUGAUCGUCAAUGUAAAGGUUGCCCUCGGGGACUAUAAUUCUGUCUUUCUCCCUCACCCGACCUGUGUUUAUACAUUUCUUGCUUAAUUACGGAUCAAAAGGCUUGCAAUUAUCUCGAGCAAAGCACCUUCCAAUAUUGAUAAAUCUUUAGAAAUGCAGUCACUGUGGUGGGAAAAUGUGACAACUCACUUGCAUGCAGCCAUGAUGCAUGGACGACUGAGAUAAUGGCCAGGGUGUGCUUCUUUACUGAUUGAGAUAAUAUUGGCCGGAACUGAAGGAGGAGUUAUUUUUCCCUUUGAAAUUGUGCGGUGGAAUCUUUCAGAUCCAGUAGCAGCUUGUGUUUAGUCAGAAAGUGCUUCCAACGGUGUGACACUCCCUCAGUGGUGCUGUGCAGCUGGAUGAGUGGUUCAGCUUUCUAGAUGGGACGCCUCCUGAGUCGCAGCCAACACCGUGGUGUGUCACAGUCAGGUGCUACGCCAAUGAUGGGUGUAUGGAAGAAGUACCAGCAAUUGCUUAUUCCAUUACAUUUCACUUUAGUGAGUCUCCACUUCUCUGAAGCUCUAGAUCUAUGUGUUUCAGUCGAUAAUUAAACUAGAAAUUUAUACACACUUGUCUUAGAUUUUAGUUCCUAUUACUCAGGUUUUAAUUAAAACGGGAAGCACAUUGCAUCUCAAUAUAUUUGUGCCACAUUUGGAAUGACUCUGGGUUAUCACACUAGUGUCAGACUGAAGCUGCCACAUAAUGUGAAAUUUUAUGGUGGGUGGGCAGAAUCCUCGGGAAUCCUUCGUGGUUGACUCCAGCAGUGUGUGUUUGUGGUUCCAUAAAUAAUGUCAAGUUUUUUGGUUUCAAAUCUGGGUUUAAUGACUCGAGGAUGCAACGUAACAGAUAGCCGCAGUCACCUAAAACCCCUGUUCCCACCCGAACCUCGCUAAGUAACCCCCGCAUGCGCAGGAUAACUUCCUCCAGAUACGGCGUCUGCAAUAGCUCCACAUAGACUGUGAACUGUGACUGAUCUACAUCCCCUUUCCUUAGCUCCUGCACCGUAUAAUGACAAAAUAUCUUUAGUAAAUGUAGCAGGACUUACAAAAUGUUGCAAAAUGAUCAAAAUCCAACAGAUACAUUCAGUUACUAUAGCCAAACAGGUAUACACACCGUAAAAGACAAAAUUAAGGUCACAGCAUAGUAAAGAUACUUAACGUAUUGACUUGAACACCUGAUUGUCAUCUUAUAGCACACUAUAGAUUAACCUGAACAAUGUGUCUAUGUAUAGUUAGCUGAUGUGAAUUCAGUCUCUGUAUUUGGGAUUUGGCUUACUGACACGACCUGAGCAUGUUCUGACCAGACUUUCAGUGGUGUUCAAAGGCAGCUUAGCUACAGGCACCUGAACCUGGAGCUGCUCAGUGCCCAUUAUUUCUCGUUUGUCUCUUGUGAGAGUGUUAUAGUCUUUUGACCCAAGUCCAGUAUCCUGGUGAUCGGUGUCACUUGGAUUUAGCUGUGUUGGGGCAGGCUCGACUACAGGCAAAAUGUGUCUGCGAUUCCUUCUGUACAGCUUUCCUUCUGAGUGAAUAAGGUAAGACCUGGGCUCCUGGCAUAUUUCCUUUACCAUGCCUAUCUGGUUGUAACAUUGUGGGGUCUGUAACCUGACAACCUGUCCUUCCAUCAAAGGCUGAAAUGGUUGGCUUGAUUUGUCAUAGCACACUUGUGACCGUCUUUUAUUUAGAAGCUGGGCUUUUACCUCCUGAGUCUUACGUAUAUGUGGUUCAAGCAGCUUCCUUAAGACUGGGAGAGUAGUACGUGUUUGCCUUGACGUUAGUCUAUGUGCUGGAGAUCCAAGCUUUGUGUCACGUGGCAAGUUUCUGAGAUUGAGGAGGUUUAGAUAAACAUCAGUUCCGUCUCUGAGACUUCUCCAUGAGUUGUUUUGCGCUGCGGACAGCUCUUUCAGCUAACCUAUUAGAUUGGGGAUACUCUGGGCUGCUGGUAACGUUUAAAGACCCACUGUGUAGCAAAGUAUUUAAAGCACUGGCUUGUGAACUGUCUGGUAUUGUCUGAUAUGAGGGUGUGUGGUGCUUCAUGAAAAGUGUCUCUUAAGUUUUGAGAUGACUGUUGCUGAAGUACCGUCACAAAGCAGGUCAAUCUCAUACCAGCCUGAAUAUGAGUCCACUAGCACCAAGUACUGCUUACUGUGCCAUUCAAAGAUGUCUGUUGCCACAGUCGACCAGGUCUUCAUCUGGAUGUAGCAGGAGUGGUUCUUUCUGCUGGUGUGAUUUUGUGCGGUUACACACACAGCACGACUGUAUUUCCUUGUUGAUGUUGUCUGUCAUUGUAGGCCAGAAAACGAUGCCUCUUGCUCUCCAUUUAGUAGCUUCUGCACCAGGAUGCCUGCUGUGCAUCAUGCUAAUGUACUCCUUUUGUAGUGACAAAGGAAUUACUGCUUUGUGACCCUUCAUGAUGACCCCAUCUUCAAUAGUUCUCUAAAAGGAAAAUAGGGACAAACGGCAUGUGGAAGAUUGUGCUGUUUGCUGGGCCAAUAUUGUCUGAUGAUAGUGCUGAGUGUCUGCAGGGUUAUGUCAUCUGCUGUGUGUCUCUUUAACUCCACAAAGCGUGAAGAGAAUAUGUAGUUGACUGUCAUGACAUCAAAGCUGAAUCAUCAGCAUGCUGAACUGUGGAGCUCCUGGGAGCUCGAGACAGAGUGUCAGCCAGGUGCAUUUUUUUUCCACUUUUGAUGAGGGUGAUGCUGUACCUUUGAAGUCUUAGCAUUGAAGUCUUGCCGAUGCUGCAUGUAUGGGCUUUUUCAGUAUGGUGACCAAGGGCUGGUGGUCCGUUUCUAAGGUCAUUGGCUUUCCAUAGAUGUAAUCAUUGAAUUUAGAACACACAAAAACCAUCGCCAACAGCUCUUUUUCAAUUUGAGCAUAUCUGGUUUCGGUGUCGGCUAGCGUCCGUAAAGCAUAUGCUAUGGGAUUUUCUUCCCGCAAACAUGCUGCACCGAGUCCAUACUGUGAAGCAUCACAGGUAAGUGUCACCGGUUUGCUGACGUCAUAGUACGACAGAACAGGUGUGCAGGACAUGUGUAGUUAAUGCUUCAAAAUCAUUUUGCUGCUGUUCAUGCCAAGUCCAUUCAGUGUCUGUGUGUAAGUUGUCACAGUGGAGCCGUCGGCUGACCGUAUUUUCCAAGGUAAUUGACCAUCCCCAGAAAUUUUUGCAGAGCUGAAACAUCUGCUGGCACUGGCACUGAUUAUUUUUGUUUUGGAAGGGUCGGCUUCCACCCGAAUCUCACUGAGUAACCCCCCCGCUUGCGCAGGAUAACUUUCUCCAGGUACGGAGUCUACAAUAGGUGCACAUAGACUGUGAACACAGUGACUGAUCUGCCCACCACCUGGCUCACUGCUAUUCUGCUGUUGUUACUGGACACCAAAACCACAGAGCAGCGAUAGUUGGUGCAGCGAUAGGGUUGCUGCCUUACAGCGCCAAAGACCCGGGUUUGAUUCUGACUACGGGUGCUGUCUGUAUGAAGUUUGUACAUUCUCCAUGUGACCACGUGGGUUUUCUCCGGGUGCUCCUGUUUCCUCCCACAUUCCAAAGACUUGCAGGUUUGUAGGUUAAUUGGCUUCCGUAAAUUGUCCCUAGUGUGUAGGAUAGAACGAGUGAGAAUGGGUGAUCAUUGGUCAGCAUGGACGCAGUGGGCUGAAGAGACCGUUUCCACACUAUAUCUCUAAAUCUAAAGCUAAAGACACUGCACUGUAAUAUAUUGCAGUCAGAGCAGUCAGAUUAUUUCGCUGCUAAACUUGCAGUGAGCAUUUGUAACCUCUCAUUUGAAGCCUAUUGUUGUGUUAGUGUUCAGCUCUAAUAUUAUUGCCAGCUCAAGUCUGGAGUCCGGGCUGAAUUAAAACUAAUGUGCUCCAUUUAUAAUGUCUUGUUUUACAAAAGACCAUGGUCCCAAGUUCUCCACAAAUUUGUCACAUUGGUCACUAAUUAAACAUCUGACUCUUGUUAAAACUCUGCUUUUGUGCUGCAUUUUCAUCGCCUGCUGAUAUCUAUUCAUUGUUUGUGGAAAUCUGUUUUAUUAAUGUAUUUGCUUAUGCAGUUUGUCAAAGUACGGAUGUUAAAUGGAGUCGGCACACGAGAGAGUAGAUGCAAAUAAUCCAGAAUAUUUUGUUUUUUAAAUUCCUUUUAUUCAGACUUUUGAGAAAAAACUAUAAAGCACAUUGCAUCAAGAUUAUAUCUGAGGCAUAACAGACUUGGAAUUACUCUGAGUAAUCAAAACUACAGUAUUAUAAAUUCAAGGGUUAGAAUCUAUCAGGAAUUCUCUCCCACAGAAAGUGUACAGCUGGUAUCAGUGAACAAACCAAACAUGAGAGGUUUGGAUUACAGGCUGGGGCAUUCAGAGGAGAGGCAGUGGAGUGAAGAUAAAGCAGAGAUCACAUCCGCUGUGUUCUCAUGGAAUGGCAGUCGAAAAGGGCCACAGAGUACAGCUUACUCACGCUACUUUUGUUAAUAUGAAAUGUACACAGUUUUAGCAACUUAGCUUUUAAAGAGGAGUUAUUGUAGUUGUGAGUCUCCUAGAAAUGCAUUUUACAAUAUUUUGUCAUGACCUUCAAUAUAAAAAAUCCCCUUAGGGAGAAGUUAGCUUGCAGAGUGAAAUCGGAGCACUUGUAUAUGUGUUUCUCACCAAUCUUCUUUAGCUCCAUGUUCAUCUUUUCAUUACCUGCAGAACUGCUCCAACGGUUUCAUUUGUGUUAAAAACUGUAAAUAAGUUUUUUUAUAUGCAGUUUGAUUUAUUGUGGAACAUUAUAAGGUCUCUGGUGAGACCACAUCUGGAGUAUUGUGUACAGUUUUGGUCUCCUAAUUUGGGGAAGGACAUCCUUGUGAUUGAGGCAGUGCAGAGUAGGUUCACGAGAUUGAUCCCUGGGAUGGCGGGACUGUCAUAUGAGGAAAGAUUGAAAAGACUAGGUUUGUAUUCACUGGAGUUUAGAAGGAUGAGGGGUAUCUUAUAGAAACACAUAAAAUUAUAAAAGGACUGAACAAGCUAGAUGCAGGAAAAAUGUACCCAAUGUUGGGCGAGUCUAGAACCAGGGGCCACAGUCUUAGAAUAAAGUGGAGGUCAUUUAAGACUGAGGUGAGAAAAAACUUUUUCACCCAGAGAGUUGUGAAUUUAUGGAAUUCCCUGCCACAGAGGGCAGUGGAGGCCAAAUCACUGGAUGGAUUUAAGAGAGAGUUAGGUAGAGCUCUAGGGGCUAGUGGAGUCUAGGGAUAUGGGGAGAAGGCAGGUACGGGUUAUUGAUUGGGGACGAUCAGCCAUGAUCACAAUGAAUGGCGGUGCUGGCUCGAAGGGCCGAAUGGCCUCCUCCUGCACAUAUUUUCUAUGUUUCUAUGUUUCACCAAUGACUUGUACAGUUAAAUGAAUUCAGACUUUGUUUGGAGUACUAUGUGCAGUUCUGGUCACCCUGCUGUAGCAUGGAUGUUAAUAAACUGGAAACCAUGCAAAAUAGAUUCAGGAUGUUACAAGGACUGGAUGGCUUGAGUUACAGAUAGAGACUGACUGAAUAGGCUGGGACUACAUUCCUUGAAGUGCUGGAGGCUGCGGGGUGAUCUUAUAGACGUGUAUAAAAUCAUAGAUAAAGUAGUUUAUCACAGUCUUUGUUUCCCUGGGUAGGGAAGUCUAAAACUUGAGGGCACAUAGUUAUGGUGAAAGGGAAAACACUUCAAUGAAAUUUGAGGGGCAACAUUUUCCCACAGAGGAUGGUGACUACAUGGAACAAGUUGCCAGUGUGGUCCAAUUACGUUUACAAUACAUUUUAAACCAAGCAAUUUAGAGGGCCAUAGGUCAAAUGCAUUUGUUGAGAUAGACAUCUUGGUCAGUAUGGAUGAGUUAGGCUGUAUAAUUAACUGUAAUUUCCCAUGCUGUAUAAUUAAUUGUGUACAUCUGCAAUGGAAUUCUGAGGCAAGGCUCAUCAAAUAUCAACAGCAAACAAAAUAUUAAAUAUCUCCAGUUAAGGGGUAAUGUAGUGUGAAUUUAUCUCCAGUGCUAUGUUCAGAGCCAGCCAGUGGUGCAGGAUUAUCUCAGUUUCAUAAUUCGCCAUUCAUCAUCAGUUCUCUGUAACUACACUGUAUUGUGUUUUCACAAUGAAAUGCAGACGCCACAGUCCAGACACGCAUGUCAGAGGUAAUGUUCUGUUUCUGUCCAGUCAGCAUUUUGUCAGGUCAAAACUUUGGAACUCCAUCAGAUUUCAGCUGAGAUUCCCGGUGUCCAGACUGGUCCAUGAAUACCGCCUGGCAGAGCGAUGGGUGAAAGGCCUGGGUGGUGAAUGGAAGGGGCUGGGGCAAAGCUUUAUCCCAGAGGAGGGAAUGCUGGGCAGAUCCACAAAGCCUUCAGUCCCAACCCGAAAAUACCCAUCCAUAUUCACCAGAGAUGCUGCCUGAUCCAUUGAGUUACUCCAGCACUUAUUGUCUUUGACUUUUUUGUAAACCAUCAUCUGCAGUUCCUUGUAUCUACACGCACAAAUCUUCAUGGUUCUUCUUGCGUAGGGCGUGCACAGCCUAAAGUUGUAGGCCAACUUGUUCUAUUUGAUCCUAUUUGAUUGUGCAUGCCAGGUUGAUUGCAUUCGUCAAAACAGGGCGGACCACGUGAAGGUUGCAAUCUCCCACCCCAAUCACUCUGGUUGUAAAGGCACAAGGGAAUGUUUUUCUCUGGAAAGAAGUCGGAGAAUGUUUAAAUGAUGCUGGGGCCUGAGACAGUAGAUGUGGAGGCGUUGAAGGAAAUCCAAAACCAGGGCCAUAACUGAAGAUGGAGACACAAGGAACUGCAGGUGUUGGUUUACAAGAAAAGAUACAAAGUGCUGGAGUACCUUAGCCGGUCAGGCAGCGUCUCUGGAGAAUAUGGAUAGGUGGUGUUUUGGGUCGGGCGCUUCUGUCAAACUGAAGUUAGUUAUCAAUGAAUCCAAUAAAGAACACAUGAGGAGGGAGCUGGGUGCUGAAAAUGUAGAACUCAAUCAUACAAGUUCAAUAACACAGAUACAUUUGAAAGGAAAGGUAGAUAAUAGCUGGUGGAGUGAGAUGAAGAAUGGUGUGAGGUAUCAAUGUAGACAUAUUAGGGAAAUUUACCCAUUUCUGUGCUAUGAGUUGUGCAUUUUGUUUUUGUAAAAGCAGAUAGUUUUGCAUAUUUAAAACUACUAAAGGUUUCAGUAACAUUUUCUGUUGUGAUGUGCAGAUGAGGUGGGAAUUGUCUAAACAUCAAACGUAUUGGCAUUGUAUGAACAGCCUGAGGUCAAAUGAUUGCGUAAUCUUGCACAUUUUGUAAGCUGCUGAAUCUAAAACUUAGCUUGAAUAUUAAUUGAAUUUAUGUAUUGUAUAUUUUUAAAUAAAAUCCUGAGCCCAAA